UGUUGCUAUUUUAUCUCUUUAAGUAAUGUGAGAUUGAUGUAAACUUAGAGUAGUGAGGGACAAGAUAGCUGGAAUGUGGGGUGUGGGGUGUGAGGUUGAUGACUUUUGUAUUUUUUUUUCUUCUGGUAUGUGUGUAUUUAGAGGUAGUUUGAUAAGAUAUUAGGGUUUUCUUAGAAAUUGUGAAAAUUUAAAUUAAAAAUUGGGGUGAACAAAGAGAAGUGCGGAAUUUAAAUACAAAAACUCUUUUUUUUUUUCUUUUCUUUUCAUUUAUUUCGUUCGUUUUACAAAACUACCCAUUCUUAUUAUCAAACAUAAUUUAACGACAGCUAUUCAUUUUUUUUGUUUCAAGGAUGUUUCUGCCCAAUUAUUUUUUGGUGAAGCCUGUGACCUCAACUGCUUUAUGCCUCGCUUUAUGUUGUCUAUAUAAUGGAAAACUUAAGCACCUCGGUGACAUGUUCAAUGCUGCUGAGCAUAUCAUUUUGGCAAUUUUUUUUCCCAUAAGAAAAUAAGCAUGUGGCACCAAACGUGUCCAAAAAGUGAACUACAAUGUGGGGGCCACACAAAGCCACGUUUAAAAUUGACAAUGGCAGCAGUUACAAUGUCAAGAAACUACUCCUCUUAUGCUCUUCAUAGGAUGCUCUCUGCUCCACUUUCUUCUGCCCUCCUCCAUUGAAGCAUAUAAUCAGCCUCACCUCAGGGGGCUGAUUAUUGAGCAUCUAUUCUUACAACAACAUUCUCCAUUUUAUGCUAAAAUGGUAGCUUCUGACGAAUCUGGAAGCAUCGGCUAUGAUAAUGACAAUUUCGAAUUCGAAUUCGAACCCGAACAGCCACUAGAACCGCAAGAAGAAUCAUCCCAAGACGACUCACAUCAUUCCAUGGGUAAUAAUACCAAACAGAAUUCAAUAUUCUCCCUCACUCUGGAUGAAAUCCAAUGCAAGAGUGGGAGGAAUUUUGGGUCCAUGAACAUGGAUGAGUUCCUUGCCAACAUUUGGAGUGUUGAAGAAGAAAAUCAAACACAACAACAACCCAGCCAAUGUGACCAAGACGCCAGUGACAAAGACACAACUAUCAACCCCAGUACUCUGUCCCGGCAGGGCUCGUUCUCCAUCCCUAUCCCGCUUUGCAAGAAAACCGUGGACGAGGUCUGGUCGGAAAUCGAAAGAAGUCGACCACAACACCAUGACCCUGACAACAACAUUAGCGACUCUGUACCUCCGCAGCGCCAGCAAACAAUCGGAGAAAUUACUCUAGAAGAUUUCCUCGUAAAAGCCGGGGUUGUUCAAGAAUCUCCCUCCAAGUCCAAGCCUCCUCCUCUGAAGAAGAUGGAAAGUACCCUAAUUCAACAGCAAUGUGGUGACACUAAUAUGGGAAACGAGAUCAGCAUAUGUUUGGAUGCAAGUUUUGGAAUUGGGAGACAGUUGUUUGGUUCAGGAUUUUUUAAUCUCCAAAAUGAUGUGCCAAGCAAUUUGUCCGGGAAUGGAUACGCAAUAGGUGCUACAUACCCAAUGUUGGGUAGACAGAGUAAAGUGAUUGUGGGAGAACCAUCUUGUGUUAGUGCAAUUGAGAAAUGCCAUAGCUUGCCGGAAUCGAGCAGUGGGGGUGGAGCAAAGAACAAGAAGAGGAUAAUAGAUGGUCCACCGGAGGUAGUAGUCGAGCGGAGGCAACGCAGGAUGAUCAAGAAUCGAGAGUCAGCAGCAAGGUCUCGUGCCAGGAAACAGGCAUAUACAGUGGAACUGGAAGCUGAGCUGAAUCAACUUAAAGAGGAGAACACAAAGCUGAAGCAGAAUGUGGCCGAAUCUGAACAGAAGAGGAAGCAAGAGCUAUUGGGAAAGAAACAACCUACAAGAGCACAAAAAUUGGCAGAAAAGUUGAGGACAAUGAGAAGGGCAGUAAGCUUGGCAUGGUGAACGAAAUUCAACGUGGCAGAAAGGACAAACAAUGCAUGCAAUGUGAGGGGCAUACUUGUGUGUGUAUGUAAAUAUCCCAUGUCUUGACAUCAGAAAUGCAAAUUGUAUUUGUAAUGUGUAGCAAUACGUAAAUGGAUAUGGUCCUAGAAAUAAGCGGAUGAUGAUGCAAUAAAAUGAAGCGGAUAACCUACUGUGGUUGCUGCGUUUCCGCA